CCCUAGCGCCAGAUUCAUUUCGGUUCCAUUUUCAAUCUCCACCCUUUCCCUUCUCCCUCGCCUCGCUCUCCUUUCUCACACUCGUAAUCUUCUAAUUGUAUGUAUCUAUCUCCUCGCCGCCUGCAACCUCCUCCCUUCUCUUCUCUCCACUAAGAAGUGAAGUUUCAGCUUCAGGCGGUCCGGUCUCCUUAAGAUGAUAUAUAUUUUCCGACACGAUUAGAAAAAUGCUGAGAAGAAGAUUAGCCUCAAUCCUACCUGCGUCCAUUCGCAUUGCGCAGAAUCACUUCCAAAAACCCACCCCUACGUUUCCCCAUCUCGCGCCUCUACAGUUCCUUCCGCUGCAAUUCCAGCAAUGCAGGGCUGACAUUUCGAAUCCAUGGAGUGUGAGGGCUUACAGCAGCCUACUGGCGUUGAAUGAUUUGAGGGACAAUCCGGGUUCCCGGAAGCAGAAGACUCGGAAGGGUAGGGGUAUCGGGUCGGGUAAGGGGAAGACCGCCGGCCGGGGGCAUAAGGGCCAGAAAGCCCGCGGUACAAUGAAGUUUGGCUUUGAAGGUGGGCAGACGCCGCUCAGGCGACGCCUCCCCAAACGAGGAUUCAAGAAUCCCUUUAGUCUCACGUUUCAGCCAGUUGGCUUGGGAAAAAUUGCAAAGCUAAUAAAUGCUGGGAAAAUUGACUCUUCAGAAUUGAUCACCAUGAAAACUCUCAAGGACUCUGGGGCAAUUGGAAAGCAGAUUGAAGAUGGAGUUCGGCUGAUGGGACGAGGUGCAGAACACAUUCAAUGGCCCAUCCAUCUUGAGGUUUCUAGGGUGACGGUCAGGGCAAAAGCAGCAGUUGAAGCUGCUGGUGGAUCUGUAAGAAGGGUGCAUUACAACAAAUUGGGCUUGCGUGCACUCCUGAAACCUGAGUGGUUUGAGAAGAAGGGCAGGCUACUUCCAAAAGCCGCAAGGCCCCCACCUAAAAUCAAAGACAAGGUCGAUAGCAUUGGCCGUCUUCCUGCUCCAACAAAGCCCAUACCUUUACUAGCCGAAGAAAAAGAAGCAAUGGCUGAUUCCAGUCCAUGAAUGAGACUAACCACAAGGCUGUAAAGCCAGAUCUUAUUUACUUUCUUCUGCAUGCUUUGCUCAAAGAAGAAUCGGAAUUUCUUGUUCUGUUUAGUUUGUCUCUGAAUGCAAAUUUGCGUUAGAACAGGAAUUUUUUUGAUAGUGUUGUGCUGCUUCUGAACUACUUGAAAUAAAUCUUUUUCUUGCAAUAUAAAAUAUGUUCUUGUCUAUUAAGUAUCUGCAGUUUUAUUCUGUUUUAGUUAUGACGAAUUACUAUAGACUUCAAAAUCUUUUACUUUCCAUUCCCAUUUUAGCUUGAUAUUUCUAAUUUCACUGUUGGCUUGACUUCUCUUUGAUUUACAUUGCCGGAUCAUAAAAUUGUUCUCCUAAUCCAUCAAAUGACAAAUCUGGCUUUUGAUUUGAAGUAUUUGACUGUUUCCUGCUUCCUCUCAGCUGCGUUCCUGUUUUUACAUGGUAUCAGGUAAGUUCCUCAUCCAGUUCUUGUUCAAUGUAUGCUUGUGUUUUUUAUUUUUUAUUAAUUAUAGCCUUAAUCAAUUAGUAGAGACAAGAAAUUCUCUGUGGUUUGAUUUGUUGGGCAGGAUUACAAUUCAAGAAUAAUAAUGUUACUCCAUUUUUAUCUAAAGUCACCAAUGCAUAUUAUCUAGCUACAAUUGGUGGUUCCAAGAACUUCUACAGGUAUUAUUAUCAGCAUGCUUAUGUUCUUAUAGUUGUGUAGUUUUUAUUAUAAAAUCUUGUGGCAGAUGUACUUUAGUUUCAAAUUUUAUUGUUUUCAUUCAGCACAUUUUAGGCUAAACUGGCUGAUGUCCAUUUCUGGCACUAAAAUAAUUGGACAACUCUAUGCUGGUCAAGUUCUGG